AUGUCUGCCAACGACUCUGCCGCCUGGCCUCUGGCUGAUGCUGCUCUCACCCAGGAAAUCCUUGACCUGGUUCAAUCGGCUGCCCACUACCGCCAGCUGAAGAAGGGAGCCAACGAGGCGACCAAGACUCUGAGCCGCGGUGUUUCCGAGUUGGUGAUCCUGGCCGCCGACUGCGAGCCCCUUGCCAUUCUUCUUCACAUCCCGCUCUUGGCUGAGGACAAGAACGUCCCCUACGUCUUUGUGCCCUCCAAAAUCGCUCUUGGCCGUGCCUGCGGUGUUUCGCGCGCUGUUAUUGCCGCCAGCAUCACCAGCAACGAGGCCAGCGACCUCCAGGGCCAGAUCCGUACCCUCAGGGACAAGGUCGAGCGCCUGGCUAUCUAA